GUCUGUAAAAAGGGCAGGGAGGCAAGCUGCGAAGCCGUUCUGCUACGUGACGCAUAUAUUAGUUAUUGUGCAAACUCGUCUUGGAGCAUUGUUUAUAUUUUGUAUCCGUACAUCAAUAAAUCGACGAUUUAUCUGUUGUGUUGCACAGUCUGCUCCUAUUUAGCUGUUUUUUUGCCGAGCAUAACGUUUGAAAACCGCCGUUUAGGCUAGCGCUACAAACACAUAACAAGGAAAACAUCUUAUCUUCAACAUGAGAGGGGGUUCGUCUUAUGGAGACAGAGAUAGAGACCGCGGGCGAGAUAGGCCGCGGUUUGGGAGUGGCAUGAAGUUUGGCAAUCCUGGCGAGCGCCUUCGCAAAAAGAAGUGGAACCUCGAUGAGCUGCCAAAAUUCGAAAAGAACUUCUACACUGAACAUAUUGAGGUUCAGCAGGUGGCCCUGUUUGAUGUGGACGAGUAUCGCAGGAAGAAGGAGAUCACCAUCAGAGGAACUGGAUGUCCAAAGCCCGUCACUGCUUUUCACCAUGCUCAGUUUCCCCAGUAUGUGAUUGACGUGCUGGUGCAGCAGAAUUUCAAGGAGCCAACAGCCAUCCAGUCUCAGGGCUUCCCCGUGGCUUUGAGUGGAAAAGACCUGGUGGGAAUCGCUCAGACCGGCUCGGGAAAGACACUUGCUUACCUUCUUCCUGCUAUCGUACACAUCAACCAUCAGCCCUAUCUGGAGAGGGGAGAUGGCCCCAUUUGUCUGGUGCUCGCUCCAACCCGAGAGCUGGCCCAGCAGGUUCAGCAGGUCGCGUACGAUUACGGCAAAUCCUCCCGCCUCAAAAGCACCUGCGUCUACGGCGGCGCGCCCAAAGGGCCGCAGAUCCGAGACCUGGAGAGAGGAGUUGAGAUCUGCAUCGCCACUCCGGGACGCCUCAUCGAUUUCUUGGAGUCGGGGAAGACCAACCUGCGGCGCUGCACCUACCUGGUGCUGGAUGAGGCCGACCGCAUGCUGGACAUGGGCUUCGAACCGCAGAUACGCAAGAUAGUCGACCAAAUCAGGCCCGACAGGCAGACGCUGAUGUACAGCGCCACGUGGCCAAAGGAGGUCCGGCAGCUGGCUGAGGACUUCCUCAGAGAGUACAUCCAGAUCAAUAUCGGCGCUCUGGAGCUCAGUGCCAACCACAACAUUCUGCAGAUCGUCGACGUGUGCAUGGAGAGCGAGAAAGACCAAAAACUGGUUCAGCUGAUGGAGGAGAUCAUGGCUGAAAAGGAGAACAAAACCAUCAUUUUCGUGGAGACCAAAAAGCGAUGCGAUGACCUUACUCGGAGGAUGAGGCGUGAUGGGUGGCCAGCCAUGUGCAUCCAUGGAGACAAGAGUCAGCCAGAGAGAGACUGGGUCCUCACAGAGUUUCGGAGCGGCAAAGCCCCCAUCCUGAUCGCCACUGAUGUUGCUUCUCGUGGUCUUGAUGUGGAAGACAUCAAGUUUGUCAUCAACUAUGACUAUCCCAACUCCUCGGAGGACUACGUCCACCGGAUCGGACGCACGGCCCGCAGCACCAACAAAGGCACGGCCUACACCUUCUUCACUCCAGGAAACAUGCGGCAGGCCCGGGACCUGGUCCGGGUUCUGGAGGAAGCCCGGCAAGCCAUCAAUCCCAAGUUGCUCCAGCUGGCCGACUCGGGGCGCGGAGGGGGAGGCGGCGGCGGUGGAAGAAUGCGUUACCGCGGCAGAGACUCCAACUCCGACAACCCUAACCUCAUGUACCAGGACGAGUGCGAGCGCCGCAUGCGAUCCGGCGGCGGCGGGAAGGACGGCGGCCGCGGCGGCGGCGAGCGCUCCUCCUCCUCUUCCUCGUCCUACAGGGACCGCAGCCGGGACCACAAGAACAGCAGCUACGGCUCCGGCUCCGACCAGUACCAGAGCUACGGCAACGGCGGGAGCUACAGCUCCCACACCGGGGCCCAGCCCGCCGGCGCCCAGGAUCAGGCCGGCCAAUCACAGGCCCCGUUCUGCCAGGCCGCCGCCGCCAACCCCCCCCCUCCGGGGGUGCCGCAGCCUUUGAUGGCUCAGCAGUUUGCGGCCCCACAGCCGUCUCUGAUGAGCUUCAUGGGGCAGCAGUACCCGUUCUCCUCAGCAGCCGCUGCUCCACUCGCCAAGUAAAGGGACGGGGGUCCAGCGGGGGGUCACCAUGUUACUGUUUCUGCUGUUGUUAUCUCCAUAACGCAGGAGUUUGACAGUGAGAGGUCCACAGAGGGAAGGGCUGGUGUUUUUGUUUGACACGUAGCAUGAUUAAUUAGUUUCCUCAGACCCGCCCUCCACACAGUGGUGCUCAGCCAUUUUUCUUUAGGUUUCAGCUCCAGCAUUCACUGAGUGAAGCCUUCAGCUGUGUCAUGAUUUGGUAAAAAUGAGGUAAAGGCAUACGGUCACAUUCCAGACUCCUUCCAAAGCUUCUUCCUUGUUCAGUCUGUUUGACUUCUCUUUAACACCAAUUCUAUCUUUAGAGACCUUUCUGGAGUUUUUUUCUGUUCUAAGUAGCUAUUGUCCUAGAUUUAGACACAUGGUCAUGCAUGCCUAAUAUUUUCUGUAGUGUCGCAAAUCCAAACUAAAGUAUUUUAAUAAGCAUUGUUGAUCAAUAUGCCAUUUAUCGCUUCCUCCUUAAUCUCACGUUGUUCUUUUUACAGUGUUUUCUAAAUAAAUGGAUCAAACAAUAUA